CGUGGGGUUUGCGACGCUCCCCAAUCAGGUCCAUCGGAAAUCGGUGAAGAAGGGGUUUGACUUCACGCUGAUGGUGGCAGGAGAGUCUGGCCUGGGGAAGUCCACCCUGGUGAACAGCCUCUUCCUCACUGACAUGUACAGGGAUCGCAGACUCCUCAGUGCAGAAGAGCGCAUUACUCAGACGGUGGAGAUCACCAAACACGUGGUGGACAUUGAGGAGAAGGGGGUCAAACUGCGCCUGACCAUCGUGGACACCCCAGGGUUCGGUGACGCUGUGAACAACACGGAAUGCUGGAAACCUGUGGCUGAUUACAUAGAUCAGCAAUUUGAGCAAUAUUUCCGGGAUGAGAGUGGUCUGAACCGGAAGAACAUCCAGGACAACCGCGUGCACUGCUGCCUCUACUUCAUCUCACCCUUUGGACAUGGCCUUCGUCCCCUGGAUGUGGAAUUCAUGAGAGCUCUCCAUCAGCGGGUGAACAUUGUGCCCAUCCUGGCAAAAGCUGACACCCUGACACCCUCAGAGGUGGAGCGCAAGAAAGGCAAGAUUCGAGAAGAAAUCGAACGUUACGGGAUCCGGAUCUACCAGUUCCCUGAGUGUGAUUCUGAUGAAGAUGAGGAUUUCAAGCUGCAGGACCAGGCAUUGAAGGAGAGCAUCCCUUUCGCUGUGAUCGGCAGCAACACGGUUGUGGAGGCCAAAGGAAGGCGAGUCCGUGGGCGACUGUAUCCCUGGGGCAUUGUGGAAGUGGAGAACCCAGCACAUUGUGACUUCGUGAAGCUGCGCACCAUGCUGGUGAAGACCCACAUGCAGGACCUCAAGGAUGUGACACGAGAGACCCACUACGAGAACUACCGGGCGCAGUGCAUCCAAAGCAUGACCCGCAUGGUGGUGAAGGAGAGGAACCGCAAGCGACAGUCCUCCACCUUGGGACUGUGCUGCAGCGACUGCUCUAUGGAGUGACCCCACUAAUCCCUGGCACCGGAUGACACCAG